AUGCCGGAUUUUCCACCUUUAUCAGAAGAAGAAAAGAAAGCCCGGGAAAGGCGUCUGCAAGCAGAGCAUGAUCGAUAUGUGAAGAGUAUAGCAACAAUGCGCUCUUUGCCGCGUUUACAGUCGACAAUUGCUGGGGCAGGUGGAAAGACGAACGAGCAUGCCCGCCUCGCGGAGGAACGGGAAACGGAGCGGCGGCAACGUCACCAAGCUGAGGCUGAUCGUCUCCUAGAAAGGAAGGAGCGGGAAAAGGCGCAUCAAGCCAAAGUGGAGGCUCUUAACGCAAGGCAACAGAAAAAGCGGGCCAAAGCAGCCAAAAAGAAGGCAAAGAAAGCGCGGCCGAGAUUGGAGGAGGGGACCAGGAAAAGUUUCACACCCACCGAAGACGAAGAGGACGAACGUGAGAAUGAUGAUUCAAUGAAAGUUGAAGAUGGAAAGGACUGA